CUCGAAAUGGCUGACAUCGUCGACACAAAAGCCUCAGAUGAUAUUCUCAUUAUUCCUGUAUCAGUGCAAUCUAUUAUUCUCCCAGACAAGAAUCUGUCUGUCUCGUCAUUCCUUCAAUUCUCACUCCCAUCAGCUUCAAUUACCACUGCUCCGCCAUUGUGCAAAUACUUUAGCACUGACUCCCCACCUGAGGACAGCUUAUAUCUCGAUUAUCUCCGCACGCAGCCGCUUCCCCAGCUUGCGGUUCUGCACAAGCUCCUAGAAGGGGUGCAACAUGCAAUAUCGGGUGGUAGCCGGUCUAUUAUCUAUGCCCAUGCCGACAUCGAACAACCUUUUCCAUUCUGGAUUCUGACGUUUUGGCACCAAGCCUAUACUCUCUUGGACGUCCAAAGCAACUGGCGACAGGCGGAAGCCUUCCUCACCAAACAUCAACCUAAUGAGUCCCAGCACAACCCCACACUCAAAGGACAAACAGCUGCUGAUGUUCGUGAAGCUUUCGUUCGCCAGUUCGAGUGCUAUGUGAAAGGACAAUACCCUUUUGACACAAUGAUGGAUGCUGGUCAGGACGUCCUCUCAUACUGGACUCACUUGACGAAGAUACCUGAAGGCUCCAUACUUGCUUGUAUCGCAGAAAAAAUUUAUUCAAUAAAGCCCUCAUCUGUGCCCGAGGAACGAACAAUGUCGGUAUUCACGAGGAUGAAUACACCAGCCAGGAACCGUCAACAUGUCCGGACGUUGGUGGACAUGACUCAGAUUCGACAAUGGCAUAUGUAUGAUCCAAAGAAAAUGGUUGAACGACGGCAUCCAGACAUUUCAUUCUGUGAUCUUGACUCCAUCAUUUCCUCACCCAAACAAUCAGCUGCUCGUCGAAGCCACGAAACCACUGGCAGCUAUCUAUCUGUGGGCACAGAUGAGCAGGAAGAAAUCCUUGAAGACGAAGAAGGCACUUGGCUCGAUGAGACACUAGCGGCUAAACCGGCGGAGGAUUCAGCCUUCGACAUUGAAGCAGAUGCAAACCUUCACGCACUAAUUGUCACCAAGGCCUUGUCUGAUGAACACGAGGAAAGUCCUAUCAACGGCCUGUGUAGCACUCAAGGUGAUGCUACGGAGGAUGAUGCUGACCUAGAAGGCAUGGACAACGAGUGGGACGAAUUUUGGUAGUAGCUGUAGUGAAAUUUUCAAAUUUUAGGUCACGUGACUGUUAAUAACAUGUUAAUAACAUGCUUGUUAAUAACCCUACG